AUGUCAAACUCGAGAUAUAAAGCAACAAAGUCAAAAGAGGCUCAAAAAGAAAUAGAUUUAAGAUGUGCGGCAGAAGUGGUCAGUUCAGAAAUGGAUAAGUCGUUGAUUUACAAGCCUGCUCAGUACGCAACCUUCAUACUUGAAGGAACUAAAGCAGAAGAUAAGAAAAUUGGGGAGUUGAUUAACAGAUUAAAUAUUGCUUCAAUGAAAGAAAUUGAAUUAGCCAUAUCUUAUGAAGAAAACCUCAUAAAAGCUUUGAAAACUAAAAUUGAAGAAAAAGAAAAAACUUUUGAAGCUAAGUUAGAAUUAGAGGCAUUUAAUCAGAAACUUUUAACUAAUAUUGAAACAUUAAAAGUCGUGUUGGAAAAAGCUUUUAACGAUUCAAUAGAAUCAAAAAUUCUUGAAAUUCAAAAUCAAGAACUUCCAAAGUAA